UAUGAGGAGUUAACUAUUCUUUUUAAAACCCUAUUACUAUGGUAGCUCACUUAGUAUGAGAUAUUCUCCUUAUUAAUUAAUAAGUGUUUUUAAAAAAAAUUGAAAUCAAUAAUUUUAAAACUUUACAAUGAUUGAUGGCCUACUGGAUGAUGUAAAACGCAUGAAUAAGCGUCAAUUUCUUUACCAAGUUUUAAGUUUUGGCAUGAUAGUUUCGUCAGCUUUAAUGAUAUGGAAAGGCUUAAUGGUAUUUACUGGUAGCGAAAGUCCAAUUGUUGUAGUUUUAAGUGGAAGUAUGGAACCUGCUUUUCAUCGAGGAGAUUUAUUAUUCUUAACCAACUAUGAAGAAGAACCUGUUAGAGUGGGUGAAAUAGUAGUUUUCAAAAUAGAAGGACGAGAUAUUCCUAUUGUUCAUAGGGUGCUGAAGUUACAUGAAAAAAAUAAUGGUACAAUCAAGUUCUUAACAAAAGGUGAUAAUAAUAGUGUUGAUGACAGAGGCCUAUAUGCACCUGGACAAAUGUGGCUUGAAAAAAAAGACAUGGUUGGCCGAGCUAGAGGCUUUUUACCUUAUGUAGGAAUGGUUACAAUUCUCAUGAAUGAGUAUCCUAAAGUCAAAUUUGCAGUUCUUGCAUGUCUUGGAUUAUAUGUAUUAGUUCAUAGAGAGUGAAAACCUGAGGACUGUGGACUCCAAGAUACAGUUUACAUAAACUGAAUUAUUUUCUCAUUUUGUUAUAAUUGACAAGACAUACCAUUGUAUAUUAAAUUUCAAAUUGAGAUAUUCUACCUUUCCUAUGGUAUCUUAAUUUACUUUAAUGUUUCAACUUUGAAUGAAAAAAUAUUUUUAUUAUUUUGCUAUUAUCACUGUUAAAAAUGUAUCUAAUAUAAAUAAAUUUAUGUAAUAAUAAUGUUUUA